AUGAAACUGGAGCGAGAUAGAGGUGUUGCAGAGCUUCUGCGGGCAUUGCCAACAUGUAACAAAAGUGAAAGACUGCAAUUUGAAGUUAAUCUUCUACUUCUGAUUAGUGAUUCUGAAACGUCUUGGGAGACGAAGCAUGGCUGUUUGUUAGCAGCCAAAGCCUUGAUUCCAUACCUGAAUCUAGAUGAUGAGCAUGAUGCUGAUUUUGUGCAUAGAAUGAAGGGCAUUGCAGAAAAAUUUCUGACAGACAUUGAAGUCAGAGUAAGGACUGCAGCUGGUGAAGUUUUAGGUGUACUUUGUGGGAAAAUUGGACCAGCUGUGUAUCAAGAGUGUAAGGAGUAUGUGUUGCGAUUGAUACAGAGUAAUUUGGAAAGACAAGUGGCUGAUGACGAUGAUGGCUCAAAACAUGAACAGUUGGAAACGGAGAAACUAAUGGAAAAGUUAGCAGGUCCUUCCCAAAGGCGCAACAGUGCUGAAGCUGCCCAGAUUUUCCAUGAUACAGCUGGGUGGAAGAACUUGGAGACAAGCCUCAAGUGCUUACAGGCAAUGAUUGAUGGAUGUGGUGCAUUCUUUCAACCGUUUGUGGAUGAUGACUUGCUGCAACUUAUCUUCACAACUUUAACACACACCAAUCGAUUUGUCCGUGAAACUGGUUUUUACGUCUGCUCAUCCCUUGUUGGCUGUGGCAGCAGUGAUCAAGGUAUGCAUAAUUAG